UCUUGUCGUUUCCUGUCUGUCGAUCUAAUGCUGCUGUAUGCAUAAAUAAUAGAUGAUCCUUUUCUUUCUUUCUUUCCUUCCUUCCUUCCACUACACGAUGGCUUUUCUUGAAACCGCUGAAAAGAUCAGAGGUCAAUCAAUGAAGCCUGGCGAUCUACGAAAUGUGUUUUCUGACUGUAGUGACAUACACAGUGCACAUCCCUCCAGAACAUCAUUCUCAAGCUACGACACGCAUUACUUCACCAAAUUUAACGAACACGACGGCUUAGAACGCGUUCUUCGCCUAGAGAAGGAUUCUGGUAUCCAAGUCAUUCCUGUCUCCCCGAGCCCUGUUUCCGCAGAAGGAUAUCAAUCUCUUAAUUAUAGAGGGUCGGGCACACCGAGACCUAAGGAGCACCCGCUCAACAAUCUUCAAAAUAUACCCAUAGUAGAUGCCAGCCGCGUUCGCCAUUAUUCGCAUAUUCCCGAUGCAGUUUUUACCCCUUCUACCAAUCUCGUUCACGCACCCGACCAUAACAGGCCCGAAAUAGACGCUCCGAAAUUCAACAAUCACGACGAUACAAAUCCUCCCACUUGGAUGAACGCUUUGAACUCUUCAAGUCUUUUAUCGCCGAUAGUAAUAAAUAAGCAACAUUCGUAUCCGCAUUCAUCCGAGAAGCCUAAAACUGCUACCGUUUCCCCGCUGACUUACAUCCACUCAGCGAAAGCACUUGACUCUUUAACUCUUCCCUGUAUUCCUCUGACUACCCACAUACGUCUGUGUCUAUGCGGCGAGCUUUUCUCCUACAAUCUCAGCAAUCUUCAGUCUGAUCCUCGCGAAAUCAUCGAACUCCUGAAAUCCACGGGGAGCGAACGUGGAAAUUGGAUGACAGUCGGAGCAUGUUAUCGUCGUCAAGGCAAUCCGCACGCUGCGAUUGCUGUAAUCCAAUCGAUGGUGGAAGUCAUGGCGCGCUAUGGAGUUUCGGAGAACGAGCUCAAACCAGCUUUUUUGAUGCUCGCCGGCUGUGAAUCCGAUCUGAGUAAACUCACUCGGAACGAAGGCCGAAUCACUCUUGAACAUCAACAAAAAUCGCAACGAUGGCUCCAAAAAGUCUAUGGAGCAAUGAAAAGCCAUUCUGACAACAUUGGCGUUGAUGCUCCGUCGAACAAUCCGAAGCUUCCCGCUCGUCCCCCAUCUCCCUCUGGCUCUGAUGAACAUCUUCGUCGCGAGAUACAAUCGCUACGCGAUCGACUUCGCCAUCAGGCUGGCCUCUUGUCCGAUGUCCGUUCUGCGAAACGGAAACUUGAGGGAUCUUAUAAGUCGGAGCGGGAUACUCGUCGGAGGAUCGAACGAGAAAUCAAAGGCAUGAAGGCGGAGCGCGACAAAACGUGCAGGAGGUGAUCGAACGCGUCGAAUAACGAGAUUCAUUAGCAGGAUUAGAUCGACUUUCAACGUUGCAAAGUGUAUUAAUAUUAUAGUAAGUGUUAUUUGCAUGGACAUGCCUUAUUUAUGUACCUGUAUUCACAUACAAUUCCAACCGGAUCGCAUACUGAUACAAUAGUAAAUUCGGAUCGCAUUUUAUACAUCGGUUCAAGUACUUGGCAUAAGCAUAAGUAGUUUGAAUGAAGC